AUGUCCGGCAUCAACCUCCCCAAGAACGCCCACGUCUCAACACACCCAUGUCUCCAGGCGAAGCUCUCACAGCUCCGAUCCGCGAGCACAGGGUCCAAAGAUGCGCAGACCCUGGUGCAUGAACUCGCUCUCAUGGUCGGCUAUGAAGCUCUGGCCGCUGGCUUAAAGGCACAAGAGGCAGGCACCGACAAAUCCCCGCUCGGCUACGAAUACACCACAACCACCACCUCCCCCUCACCGACCUCCAUAUCGCUCGUCCCCAUCCUCCGCUCCGGCCUCUCCAUGGUCCCCGCGCUCUCCUCCCUGCUCCCCAUGCCCGUGCCCGUCCACCACCUCGGUCUCUACCGCGAGAAAUCCACUUUACAACCCGUAGAAUACUACAACAACUUGCCCUACCACACCCCGCACACAGCUGGCUCGACUAAGCCCCAACCAGAGCUGGCGAUUAUUGUAGAUCCCAUCAUUGCGACGGGUGCGACGGCGCAGGCGGCGAUUGACACGCUGAAGGAUUGGGGUGUGAAGCGGAUUAUCGUUGUUGCUAUUCUAGCAACCGAAGAGGGGCUGCAAAAGGCGUGUGGGGAGUGGGAGGAGGGCGUUGAGGUGUGGGUUGAUGGCGGUGGCAUCAAGGGUCUCGCCGAACUCCAAAUCCUCGAACGCCUAUUUCGGACCAUCCGGGACGAAGCAGGUUUGCCUCCAGGGAAGCUUCCACUCCCUUGCGAGUACUUCGAUAUCAUUUGCGGCACCUCGACAGGAGGUCUUAUAGCAAUACUACUCGGCCGCUUGCGAUUGAGUAUUGAUGACGCUAUCAAGCACUUUAAGGCCCUAUCGAAGGACAUAUUUCCUGAGAGGAAAUCAAUUAUAUGGUUCGCCAAGAUGCCCUCUGUUGUUGGCAAGCUGUUAAAAUUUGGUCAAGCCGCAGCUGGUAACGCUCAGUUCGAUGGCAAGAAGAUGGAAAAGAUCUUUCAGAAGUUUCUCGAGAAGGAUCUCAGACUGGAUCCUGAGGUAGCGCUGCUUCAAGAUAGCGCUUGCAAGACCAUGCAGGAUGACUACCAGUUGAAGGUGUGGGAAGCAGCUCGUGCGACCAGCGCUGCACCACUGAUCUUCGACCCAUUUCACAUCGAACGCCACGGUAUCACCGUGGUUGAUGGUGCACUACGACUCAACAACCCCAUUUACGAAGCCAUGUCGGAGGCCAGACGUAUCGAUAGAAAUCGCGACUUCGGAUGCAUCGUCAGCAUUGGUACUGGUGUCAUGGACAUUCACGGUAUCGAUGAGUCGAAAAUUCCACUGCAUCAAAUCGCGCAAACCUGCGCCGAGAUCUCCAUCAACUGUGAUAAUGUCGCACAGGACUUCGUAGGUUCCGAGGAGGGUAAUUCUCUACACAACUCCAGCAGCUACUUCCGGUUCGAUGUUAAACGCCGAAUGGAUGCCGUCGACAUGGUGGAUUGGAGAAGGUUCAAUGACAUAACUGCCUACGUCGACGAGUACUUGAAGAGGCCAGAAGUUGGUGGUGAGAUUAAGCGUUGCGCAAAAGCACUUAGUUAG